UGAUAUGCCGAUACCAAUGACACUGCCAAAAGAAACCCAUCGCAAAUGAUACAAAAGAAGGGACACGAUCUCCGGGCGAAAUGGGUUGGAAUUCAAUGAAAAAAGUCCUACUGUCACAUUCUGUUCAGCUUUGUAUUGGCAGACUCUCUUUUUUACCCUUCCUUUUUUUUUUAUCUUUGUCUACGCGCUCGAUACCAUUGAUUUUGGUUGCUUGUGGUUAUAUUGUGUUGUCUUUUCUUGCCUUGCAUCUUACAUACUCCUCGUCUGAUUGGUCCGAUUCCAUGUUCAGGAAAAGAAGCUCGCUUGGCGAUAAGGUUAUUCUUAUUCUGCUCAGGUGUCUGGUAGGGUGGGGGGUUGCCAUUGCUAUGUUCAUAUGUGCUUCUAGUCACCUUUAGGGCAUAUCCCUGGGUCGGUUGAUGUUGCCUUGAAUGAUAUCCGAGGAGGGUCAACCUCGCAUUCUAUGGCAUAACCUGGUUGCGGCUGUUGCUCUGCUGCUUAGACUCCUAAUCAAAUACCAAUGUGUC